AGAUGAGAGUUGGCGUCUGCUGGUGCUGGACAGCUGCUACCGGGGAGCUGCGUCCUGUGAUCGGUGCAAUGGCUGCGUCCUGUGAGUGCGGUGGCAGCUGCAAUCAAUAGGCUAGUCGACUGCUUGUCAGUUGUGACAGCUGCUGCGGUGAGUGUGCGUGUGUGGUGGGAGGCUGUGUGUGUGACGUCAGUGGGGCCGCUAUCGAUCGGCGCGUCGCGGCGGCGGGACCCAGCUCCAGUGGUGGUGCAUCGUGCUCACGGUGAUGGAUGUUGGUGUGCCCGGCCUUGGCGGCAGGGUGGGAGGCUGCGGUGACUCACAAAAUGUGUGGACAGACGAACGGGCUUUGGUUGGUGGUUGGACUGCAGCGUCGUGAAGAUGGCCGGGGCCGUGGGUCCCACCCCCACCCCACUCACUCACCCCUCGCCACCCACGGCCUAGGCCGAACACAUCAGCCAGCAUGGAGGCAUUCAAAGAAUGAAGAAGCAAAACGUCCGGACUUUGUCUUUGAUAGUUUGCACGUUCACUUACCUUCUCGUGGGAGCAGCUGUCUUCGACGCCCUCGAAUCUGAUACUGAGAAAAGACGUUGGGAAGCUCUAGACGCUAUCGAAAAAAUGGUUAUCAAAAAAUAUAACAUAUCUCCAGACGAUUUCCGUGUAAUGGAAACAGUAGUUUUAAAAACGGAGCCGCAUAAAGCCGGUCAACAAUGGAAGUUCGCCGGUGCCUUCUACUAUGCAACCACCGUACUCACCACUAUUGGGUACGGACACUCGACGCCGAACACAAUCGGCGGCAAGCUGUUCACGAUGUGCUACGCGAUCGUCGGCAUCCCGCUAGGCCUGGUCAUGUUCCAGAGCAUCGGCGAGCGCCUCAACAAGUUCUCGUCGUUCGUGAUCGAGGGCGUGAAGCGCAUGCUGGGCUGCCGCGACGUGCAGGCGUCCGAGCUCAACCUCAUCUGCGUCGUCACGACUCUCAGCAGCCUGACGAUAGCCGGUGGUGCGGCCGCCUUCAGUCGCUACGAGGGGUGGACCUACUUCGACUCGGUCUACUACUGCUUCAUCACACUGACUACCAUCGGCUUCGGCGACAUGGUCGCGCUGCAGAAGGACGACGCCCUCGACAAAAAGCCCGAGUAUGUCGUGUUUUCGCUCAUCUUCAUCCUGUUCGGCCUCGCCAUUGUGGCUGCCUCGCUCAACCUGCUCGUGCUCCGAUUCGUCACCAUGAACACUGAGGACGAGCGACGCGACGAGGCGGAGGCACUUCAGGCGGCUCAAGGUGCAGUGCGACUGGAGGGUGAUGUAAUAACGGCGAACGGCUCGAUUCUGAGCGGACAGGUGGGCGAAACGAGUUCUGUGAAUUCGGAGCAGUCAGUGUGCAGCUGCUCGUGUGUGUGGUGUGGUGUUGCGGGCGGACAGCGACGCUACUCAGUGCGCAGACGCCGGCCCCUGUCGCGCGGCAACAGUGGGGGCGGAGGCGGCAACGGAGGCGGCAUCUUGCCGCUGCAGCCGCUGGAACAGUUGCCGGCUGUCACGUCACACACGCACCGUGCCUCCAUAUGACUAGCCGGCGACGACUUGUCUGGCUCGCCGCGAGUGUCGCCUCUUUCGCCGCCCCACGACAAGUUCAAUGACAAUUCCUAUUUCUCACAUGUAUAUAUUAAUCCUCCGAUGACAGACCAUUAUUAUCCCGCCAAGUAAAAAAGCCAACAACACAACCAUCGUUUGCACCAUCAUCAAAACGGCUAACGUUCACUAAUCUAGGUAAACAAAAACUCUUUUUUAAUUAAAAAAUAACAAACAACAAUAAUUAUAAAUACAAUAAUAAAAAUAAUAUAAUAUAUACUUGACGCUUUAUAUUUUUACAAAAGAAUCAUAUUGCAGCUCUUUUCACCCAGCAUAUCAAGCAUUAAUGGUUGGCAGUCCAGUUUCUCUGAUCUUGACCCAAUUGAGUUGCUACUGAUAUUUUACAACUCCGAUAAUUCCUACUAUACUCAUUUGGAAAAACUUAAAUUCAGUCGUACUUGACACUCAAUUUAAAAGUAACCUUGUUGUUUCUUAUUAUGAAACAUAAAUACUCGGGUUUCACCAUGUUCUGGAAAUACAUUUGAACAUGAUCAAAUCGCCUACACUUUACAAGGGGUGCGCUAAAGCAUAUGUUAUAUAUAUAGCUUCUAUAUUCUAUCGAUAAUUCCAGAGCACUCAUAGCAUAUCCAAUCUGACCAUGCUCAAGUGUCUUGACGGAGCUUGGUGGAAACAGGGCAUAAGUGGAGUGAACCUCGGAGACAACAUAUUAUUCUGGUGGAUACUUUAUAUGGGAGUUCAAUCGUGAUACCAAGACGCUAGUGCCAAUUGUUCAACUGUAUGCAGGGUUUUCUUUCAAAAUAUGUGACAUCAUCAUGUCUAAAGCCUAGCAUUUUGUUGUGAGAAUUGAUAGCAUACCACAAACUCACACAUUUAAGUUAAGUAAAUUGGUUUCUCAAAAUCAAGCUCAAAUUUUGCAGGUGUGAAUAUUAAUUUCCCUGAUCUCCAUUGUGAUGUUUAAAUUCAUGAAACUUAAGUUACAAUGAAUGAAGAAUACUUAAGGUUGACUCCUUGAUGCCAAAAAUGUUACACAGAAAGGUCAAAUGUUUGAGUGAACUCAAACAUUUAAUAUAGAAAGAAAUUUCGAAAAGCAUUCUAUACAAGAGAGGUGAAAUGUUUGAGUGGACUGCUCAGACUGAACCGUAUCGUAUUUGAACAUUCAAUGCAGAAGUAUUCGUUGAAGUUCUUUCCAAAUCGCAUUCCUCAAUUGAAAUUUGAAGUGUUGAAUUUCUUGAUCUAUCACGAACUACUCUAUGUUUAUUAUUAUUAUUUAUUUAUUACAUUCCACAAUCACAAUAUCAAAUUAAUAAUUGGGAGAAAAUCAAGAGGAUAAACCAAAAACUCUUUAUCAAUUUUGAUAAAAUUAGGGAGAUGUUUCAUCAAGUAUUUAUUUUAGUUUGCUACUGGUCAUUUCAAUGAUUAAAACUGAUGAAAUUUUUGCUACAAAAUUUAUUCUGAAUUUUAAAAAUUAAGUUUUCCUGUCAAAGCGGUUCAAUGAAUGAUUAUUCAGUCUAGCAGGACCCGGGUUUCAGAUCAGAGAGAUUACUGUAUGCUAGUUCAAAACAUACGCAAGUGGAACUUGAGUACAGACUCAUAGCAAAACCAGCAAAAAAACUGAACAAUUCACUAACACUAACAACAGUGAACUGAUGGAUCCACCAACUUGUAAAACUACUUUCACAUAAAGAUGAUGCACCCAGAAAAAUUCCUCAAGAUCAAGUAAAUCAAAUAGUAAUGAGAAAAUGCAGUUUAAUGAUUAAUGACAAAUAAUAGUUAAAAGAUUGCCCACUUGCGUUGGUUUUGGAACCAUUAUUUCAUUACCGUACGUUAUCAGACUGCCUUCUACGUACCAUCAAUUAAUUACUUGACACUUAAAAGGCUUAUUGUUCUUUGACCAUUCUCAUCUUGUUCCUACCUAAUAAUUAUGAAUAUAAAAGAUUGGUGUACAAAAACAAUUGAUCAAAUUUUCAGACAUUUUGCUUCAAACAAUGAAUUCAGUAAUAAUAUUGAAUUUGAAGAAGAGUUUGGCUAGCAAGCAAGUUAUCAACGUACUAAUAGUAGUCUAAUUUAUACUUCAAGAGUUUUCCUAUUCAUCCUUAAUGUAGCCUAGAUAGCUGGAAUUUGAAUAAAAAAUUCUUUUCAUGCAUGAUCAGAAGGUAGGCAAUAUAAUAUAUUAUACAUUCGAAUUUUUUAUGAAAUCCAAUAUAAGAUUGUUCGAUUUUUUCUCAAUUACGGUACCGUAGAUGAUUUCAUGGUAAGAAUCACUUUGAAAUUAAAUUUUUCAACUCUCUAGGUUAGUUGAGAUACUAUUAAGAGUUUCGCAAAUACAUAGCUAACUGGGUUCAACAUAUAAUUUACUUUAAUUGAUUAGGAAGCUAUUGCCUUGAAAAAAGCUCUAUAGACCAUUUUUUGUUUUAAUAAUCAACUUUUUAAAAUUAAUUGUUCAAUUUCUAACAAUGCUUUUGAAGCAGUUUCGCAUAAUAAUUUUGCACAGUGAAUCUUCUAGAAAUGAACUGUUCUACCUGCAAAAUUAGAAUUUAUUGGGUAAAAUAGAAAGCACAUGUCUGAAAAUGAUCAAGCGGAUUAUUUAAAUUCCAAUAAUCGCUCAGAAACUAAAAUUAAAAUUGUUUCGAAUAUUCUCAAUUUAUUUUCAAUGUGGGCAAAUUAUGUUCACCAUGAUGAAUAUAAUCCGAAAAUAUUGAAAUUUUCCAGCAAUAGAAGUUGUAUGUAUUCUCAGUAAAUGAAAAGAGGCUUUUAUCAUCAAAUGUUACCUCUUUAGAAAAUUAUAUUUAUUCAGAACUUGGACUAACAUCAGGUGGUCUUAAUGCAUCAUGCAGAUUAAAUAAUUAUAAUAUUUGAAACAUCAAAAGGAUCACGAAUAAGCGCAUUUCACUUUUCAUCUGCCGCUAUGCUUAUUAUUUUAUUUGUACAAAUACAGCUGAUAAAAAGUGAAAUGCUUUUGUUCGCGGCGAAUAAUUUUGAACGCACCUUGAGAUUAUCAUCAAUAUAAUAUUUUUAAUGCAUUGGUUCAAGAAUAUUAUUAUAUGGAGAUAUCAAAUCAACAUAUUUUGAUAGAAUGCCACUUUUCUUGUAUUGAUAAUACCGAAUUAGACGGGAGAUUGAAAAUGUUUUGAAAUAUUCACAAUUUAAUGUUUUGUAAUCAUACCAUCACAUAUAAGAUCAUGCACAAAGUAUAUUUGAUCUACAAUUAAAUAUUCCGUUAUGAAACACAUUUUUGCUUAAGAUCCAUGAUAAUAAAGUUAUAAUAAAUAAUUAUUAUUCAAAAAACUAUUUCGAUAUCAUCGUGGAGUUUGCUAAUAGAUCUUCAAACAUAACUCUAUUCAAAUCAUGAUCCAUGAUAAUUCAAAGACAAUGGCCUAUGGCACACUCGACCAGCAAGUAUUUAUUGAAUCAUAUGAAGCAGGUCCCAACAUGCUUCCAAAAUUGCAUCAAAGACAAUGGCCUAUGGCCACUCGACCAGCAAGUAUUCAUUGAAUCAUAUGGAGCAGGUCCAUACACGCUUCCAAAAUUGCAAACGGCCAGUCCACCACUACCAUAUUCGUCAUCCCUCAUUGGUUGAAAUCGAUUUUUUCAAUUUCAUGAUCAUACAGCUUGGUGAAGUGUUCUGAAUAUUUUUCCACCAGACUCGCGACCAUGGUGGCCGAGUGUGCCGAAGGCCUAUUUUAUUAGUUGAAUGUAAUCUCAUUAUUAAAUAUGUUUAGCAUGAUUUGGCUUUGAAAACAUUGGAUUAUAAUCUAAAAGCCUAUAAAGGCUCGGUCAAAGUCGAAAAAUUAGCAAACUAUUAGCUCUCCAGAAGGUAUCAAGUAACUUUGACUAUUAUUUAAAACAAAAUUAUUUUCAAUGUUUGUAAAGAGUGGAUUGUCUUUUGAUUUGGCAUUAUUAUCAUUUUAUCACCUUCAUAUUAGUAUGAAAACUACACAAUGACUCAUUUAAUACAUUUCCCAUUACACAAUGUGCUCACCUGCUCACUUCGAUGUUAUAUAAUGAUUAGUUUAGCUCAUUUCUUAUGUAUGUUGAUCUCUUCCAUUACCUUUUCAUAUACUUUUCAGAUUAAUGUAUUCAAUUUGUAUUGUAUUAAAAUUGUAAUAAAAGACUGAAUAAUAAAAGAUAAAACUAAACGAAUAUAGAAAUGGCGAUUGUAUAUUAUUUUGUUAUUUAUCAUUUAAUGAGUGUGGUAUUUUUAAUAUUUUAGGAAAAUGAACAUAAUAUGUAAUUUCACUUGAGAAUUGUACAUUUUGUAUAGUAUUUGUAAAUGUGGUAUAGAUCAUAUUUGUCAAAACAUCCCAAUAUAGAUAUAACUAAGAGCUUAUUUGGAUUCAAAACUGCCAAUUGAGUUGGAAAAGAACAGUUAAUUGUGAUUGACGGGAUUUAAAGUGUCAGUAACCAAUACAGCAAGUUGAGGAUAUUACUGUAUCAAAACUACAGGCGGCUGUAUGUACAUCAUGAAUUCCUUGGAUCAUGAUGAUUCUAAAAUUAUUGUGAACUGAUUUCAUGUUUCAUACAUGCAACAAAUCGUAUAAAAUUCAGAGAUUCAGACAAUCUAUUUUGAUAGACUUACAUUUUAUUGGAUGAGCCUCUUAAAAUUAAGAACAGAAUAAUUAUUAUCAUCCUGGCAAAGUGAAAGGAAAGAUUGGUUUGAAAGGAGAGAUUAAUCCAUCAAUAUAUCAGUCUCCUACAAAAUAACAGUUGAAUUUUUACCAUACUAUGGUUUGAACACUUGUCUUUCAAUGACCAGAUAACAUGAGAAAUCCUUUUCAAUACAUCGGGUUUUUGUCAUUCAGACUUUUUCAUUCAAAUGUUCAAUUAUAGAUUCCCUUCAACUUGGCUUCAUAGAUAGGGUCGAUAUGAACUGAGAAAAAUAUUACUUAUGUACCUAUAGAGAUUAUUAUCAAGCAUAAAUUAAUCUACGGUUCUUGAUAUUCGAUAUGCUAUCAAAGUCUAAAUUGAAUCGCCUUUCAAAAUGCAAUAGAUACCUACUGCAACUUUUUCAAAGUAAGUUCCGGUUUAUCUAAUCUCCUUUCAAAAUUCAAUAGAUACCUACUGCAACUUUUUCAAAGUAAGUUCCGGUUUAUCUAAUCUCUUGAGAAUUAAUUUUUUUAGCAAACACAAAGUAAACACAGAUCAAUACAAUCAUACAAUGUAUCACGUUUCAGUGAAUAAAAUUUAAACUUAAUCUCCUUCUACACAUCCUGUAAUAGAUCGAGUUUGUCAUUUCUUUAAACCGAAGCGAUCCUUUUUCUAUUAUAAUUAAAAUAAUGAUGAUAUAAUUAACUAACUCUACUUAUUCCACCAAGUUUUGCUUAUCAUUGAGCUCAAUAAAAAUAUUGAUUUGGAACAUUUACACAACACAGUGAGAAUUCAUCCUGCCAUGAACAAAUUAGUGAAGUAAAUUUAAUUUAAAUAUAAUAUAUGAUAUUAAAAAUUAUGAAAUUUUUAAUGAUUACUGCUACAACCUCUGAGCUAUUUUGAAGCAUUGAAUGAAUUUGUCUGAAUAAAAAAUAAGUCGGGAAGAACAGUUUCCCAUGCAUCAAGUUAUGGACAAAUUCUAAUUGAGUAUUUUUAAUAGUAUUGCAGUGCUCCUUCAUUAGAAUUAAUAUAUUUUUGAUCUGUCUCUACUGACAUGAGUGCAAGAAUAUAAAUAGCCUAUAAGCAUUUAGCAUGAAUUUCCUGUUCACUACACAAUACAAAAUCACGUAAAGAGUUGCUUUCUGUGUAUAUCAGUGCAAGUAAUACAUGAAAUGAAAUGGGUCCAAAAAGCCUUUGUUAGUUAAGGAGAAUCCAAAUGAUUUAUUUUGAAAUUUACUCCCAUUCCUCUCACGUAGUGCAGUGUAUUACGUUUUGUGAUUCCUCAUUAUUUGUAACCAAAUAAACAGCUUUUGUCAAAUGCAUGUUUUCAAAAUAUUGUAGAUGAAUUGAACUAUAAUAAAUUUUGACUGUGUUGUUAAGGCACUUCUGCAUUUUGGAUUAUAUAUAUAUAUAUUAUAUAUAUAUAUAUAUAAAAUAUAUAUAUAUAUAUGUGUGUGUGACUUUUUAUAUCACUCAACUCUAGCAAAGACCUGAUGUUCUUUGGCGUAAAUUGUAACAUCCAUGAUGGCUUUUUAUAAAAAAUGAGUUCUCUACUUGAACUUUAAUUAAAUUGUUGUAGUGGAUACCGUACUGUAUUAUUAAGUUCUAGUCUAUCAAUGAAAUGUAAUUUAUCAAGAGAAAUAUAUUCAAUGUUUUUCAUAUUAGAUUCUAUUGAAACGCCAACUCAAUGGAAAUCAGUAAACUGAUAAUAAUCAGAACAAACUUUGUAGAUAGAAAAUUCUCUUUCAAAUUUGUUUCAUUUCAAAUGCGAUCCUUUUAAACAAAAAGCUUAAUUCACCAUAUUUAAUAGAGAAAAGCUAAAACUAAUAUAGAAAUUAUUUGAUUCUUUAUAAUUACGAAACUUAGCUGAGAAAUGUGCAAUUUCAUUGAUGGGAGUCUUGAAAAUGAUAUCUAGUGAGAGAUUACCUAUCAGUAUUGUCAGAUUGAUAAACUUUAAAUUUGAAAUUUGGAUUAUACAAUAACUCUAAUUAGUAUGACAUAAUAUAUUAUAGAGUUUUAAAAAUUGAUCUUCAAUCAAAUACUUUUGAGAUUAUACAAUAUUAUGCUUUAAGAUAAGAAAUAGAGUGCAAAAUUUCAUCCAACAUCAAAAUGUAAAUACACUGAUAUUAUUUUCAAAUUGAAUAAUAAUCAUCAGUUGAAUUAAAACACUUUUCAAGGAGUGAUUGAUAUUCUAAAAAGAUUUUUCUACAAAUUGAAAAUUUGAAGGAAAUUAAACAUCUUAUUGAAUCUUUAUUGGUUAUUGUCAAGUUGUUUGAUGCAUGCUUAAUAGUGCCAGUGCCUCGUCAGAGUGCCACUGGUGCUGCAUUUCUCCACUGAUGCUGAUGCUAAUGCUGAUGCAUUCCAAAGCUACAGACACAAUUUCAAGUUAUCUGUUUGGCCAUGUUGGCAACAACUAGUCGACUACAAUUUCAUCUAUGCUUAGGUGAACUCCUUAGGUGGGAAAACUUCCAUUCGAUGAUGCAAAAUGAGCUGAAUAACGAAUUAUUUGUACGACAAUGGUGCUUUGCGCUCAUGUCGAAACGCACAUGAUUUAUGAGGAUGAAAUACUAAUAAGAUAUUAUUGAAGACAAAUUGCAAUUUAAUGUAGUAAAACAACAAGUCGAACUGGGAAGAUAAUUGUGGAAGUAUCUGCAUGAUUGCAAGACUGAACAGGCUGUUUCAUUAGUCUAGAUCGUAGUUGAAUUUCAAAAAGGCAGUGAAGAAGUAGGCCUAAAAAUAGCAUGCAUCAAUCAGCCACUCGGAAAAGGAAUCAAUCAAUUAAGAUUUCUUAAGAUAAAAAAAUUAAGUCUAGAUUUUACGGACUAGUAGAUUAAAUUAACGUUUAAAGCGUGUAAUAACAAUAAAUUUGUAAAAAUUUACUUUUUUAAGAUCUCUGCUUGGAUUUAUGAUUAAAAUAAAUUUAAAAAUAAAGUGCCAAUUUGUAAUAAUUCUUCUAAAAGAAUAUUGUAGUGUAGAGUCUACAUUGUAAAUAACUUUAAAUCAAAUUGUAAGUAUAUAUUACGGAGAGCAGAAAUGUUUUGUGAUGAUUAUCGUCUUAUGCAUUGAUCCAGCUUAAUUUAUUUGUGCAAUCUAUCACUUAAGUAAAGCGAUUCAGAAUGAAAAUUAUAAGAGUAUGUAAAUCAAUGAACGCUAACCUUGCAGUCAUAUGUUGUAUUCUUGUAAAGCUUACAAACGCAUAUCUGUCGGAAUACUUUGAAAGUUAUUUCCAUUGUGAAGUAGUGUUUAUCAAUUAUUUAUGUUGAAUAAAAUCUUUUAUUGCAACGAAA